AUGGGCUGUACUCAAUCCACAGAAGACUCGGCUGCCAAAGCUCGAAAUGCCGAGAUUGAUGAACAACUCAAACGAGAUCGAGCAAACCUCAGAAAUGAAAUCAAGAUGCUUCUAUUGGGAGCAGGAGAAUCAGGAAAGUCGACGGUAUUGAAGCAGAUGAGAUUGAUUUAUAAUAAACCAUACGACGUAGAAGAAAGAGAUAGUUACAGAGAAAUAGUAUAUUCGAAUACUGUUCAAUCGAUGAGAGUACUUCUUGAAGGAGUAGCAUUAAUGGAAAUACCCGUUGACCCGUCAAAUAAAUCACGCUGGGAUGUGAUCAUGAGUGCACCCGCACAAAUCGAAGGAGACGUUUUCCCACCGAAAUUAGCGGAUGCAGUCGCUGGCCUAUGGAGAGAUCAAGGUGUUCAACAUGCUUUUAUAAGAAGGAACGAAUUGCAACUGAACGAUUCUGCUCCAUAUUACUUUGAUGCUAUCUCAAGGAUCAGUCAAAAUAGUUACAUGCCGACGGAUCAAGAUAUCUUGAGAGCAAGAGUGAAAACAACCGGUAUCACCGAGACUCACUUCAAAAUCGGUGAAUUGACUUACAAGUUAUUUGAUGUCGGUGGUCAAAGAUCAGAAAGAAGAAAAUGGUUAAACAUCUUCGACUCGGUAACCGCGUUGGUCUUCCUGAUUGCCAUUUCAGAAUAUGAUCAAAAAUUGUACGAAGAUGAAAGUGUCAAUCGUAUGCAAGAAGCUAUGACGUUAUUUGAGUCCGUAGCCAAUUCAAGGUGGUUCACCAAGACAUCAAUCAUACUGUUCCUCAACAAAAUCGAUUUGUUCCGUGCGAAAUUAGCUGUAUCGCCAUUGCAUAACACUUUCCCCGAUUUCAGAGGAGGCACAAACUACGAUGCUGCUUGUGCAUACUUGCUAGAGAGGUUCGUUGGAUUAAAUAAGAAUCCAUCCAAAUCUAUUUAUGCGCACUAUACGGAUGCGACCGAUACCAGAGCUUUAUCUUUUGUCAUAUCCGCUAUCAACGAUGUGAUAAUUCAAGUUAAUCUGAGAGAUUGCGGAUUAUUAUAA